CCUGCCGCAGACACCCACGGUCUCGCAUUGAUUUUACCAACCACAACUCCAUGACAACUUCAAGGCUUUCAGGACCAUAAUGACAUAAUGGAUGUGUUGGCCAAGGCUUGUGUCGUUAAAGGUUUAGGUUUGCAGUGCCUUUUGGCUUCUCUGGAAAUACACAGUGCAAUGCUAAGAGACAUUCUGAGCUCCAGGAAUAGACUGGCUGGUUGUUUCGCUGUUUGACUGUGAUUGGUAAAGACUGGAAGACAGAGAUAACACGCUGACAGGAUGGCAUCACAGGGGGGGGACGAGCCUCCUCCAAGCAGAGGUCAAUCAGAUAGCCGUCUACAGAGCAAGAAGCCGCCCAGCCUUGUAAUAGCCAUCCCUCCACCUGAGGAGACGACGUCACACGACCCUGCAAAACAGCCACUACGACCGUCCCUAAAAAAAAGCACGGGUGGUCAAGCAACCGAUUCUGUGUCAGAGAGCGUCACUGGAGCCAGAGAUGGAGAAGCAGAGGGAGGCUUCUCGUUCAGACGCAGAAGGUCAAAGCUUGGAAGACAAUCGUCGAUCUCACAAAGCAUCCGCAGGAAUACAGCCCAGUGGUUUGGUGUGGGGGAAGACUGUGAGACCAAGCAGCAGCUAUGGCACAGGAAGAGCCUGCGUCACUGCAGCCAGCGCUACGGCAAGCUGAAGGCCCAGUAUAGAGAGCCUGAGACGGCCACCAGCAUCGACCAGGGCCCCGACUCACCAGCCACAAGCAAGAUGCCCAAGAUUGUUGAUCCCCUGGCACGGGGGCGAGCCUUCCGUUGCCCAGAUGAGGUGGACAGUCGCUCCCCCAGGACGCCCCACGCCACUCAGUCGGGUCCCGUCACCCCGGGUGUCACCUCACUCAGCUCCUUCACCAGCCAGCGCUCCGGGUACAACCGCUUCCCCAGGCGUAGGAGGGAGUCUGUCGCCCGCAUGAGCAUCCGAGCUGCAUCCAACCUCCUGAGGCGUCAUAGCGGCAUGGCAGGCUCCCUGACCGGUCGCAGUUUCCCCAGGAGGAGCUUUAUCAGGCCCAGCUGGAUGGACGAGGACACCGUGGACUCAGCAGACAGGUCCGAGUCGCUCUUCUUCAGCAAGGUCGAUGCCCAUGGUGAGUUCUACUCUAUGGCUGACGACGUGUUUGAAUCGCCUCCCCUGUCUGCAGAUUUUGCUCCCAGCGGGCAGUCUGACCAGAAGUUCCCAGGCCUUAAGGACGUAUCUCGAACGCCCAGGACGCCACAAACAGUAGGCCCCGAAAAGAGCCAUCCUCGCCGAGGCGGACGCAUCGCCUCCCAAGUUAAGCACUUUGCAUUUGACAAACACAAGCGUCAGUACGGCAUGGGCGUCGUGGGGAAGUGGCUGAACCGGAACUACCGACGCAGCAUCAGCAGCAACGUCCAGAAGCAGCUGGACGACUUCCGCAGCCACAGGCCCUACUUUGCCUACUGGAUCACGUUUGUCCAUAUAGUAAUCACUUUGCUGGCCUGUUGUACGUACGGUUUUGCCCCUGUGGGGUUCGCACAACAUUCUACGUCUGACCUGGUGCUGAAGAAUAAAGGUAUUUAUGAGAGUGUCAAGUAUAUCCAACAGCAGAACUUCUGGAUUGGUCCAAGCUCUGACGACCUGAUCCACCUGGGAGCCAAGUUCGCGCCGUGCAUCCGUAAGGACACACAAAUAGUCAGUCUGAUCCAGAGGGCCAAAGACCUGGAGAGAGAGUCCGGCUGUUGCGUUCAGAACGACAACUCCGGAUGCGUGCAGACACGCAGCUCCGACUGCUCCGAGACGCUGGCCACCUUUAUUAAAUGGAAGGAUGAGCAUUUGGACAUGAACAGGUCCUCUGGUUCUGUCUGUCACCAGGAUCCCAGAACGUGUGAAGAGCCGGCCUCUGCAGUGCCUCAUGUAUGGAUGGAUGACAUCACCCAGUGGCCGGUGUGUACGGGUACCACGAAGUCGAACAAAACAGGCUACAGACACAUGGACUGUAACAUCAAGGGACGACCUUGCUGCAUAGGAACUAAGGGCAGAUGUGAGAUCACGACCAGAGAGUAUUGCUCUUUCAUGCAUGGUUACUUCCACGAGGAGGCCACACUCUGCUCACAGGUCAACUGUCUGGAUGAUGUGUGCGGCUUGUUGCCCUUCCUCAACCCCGAUGUUCCUGAUCAGUUCUACCGUCUCUGGCUCUCUCUCUUCCUCCAUGCUGGGCUGUUACACUGCGUGGUGUCGGUGGUGUUCCAGAUGACCAUACUGAGAGACCUGGAGAAGCUGGCAGGUUGGGUCCGCAUCGCCAUCAUUUAUAUCCUCAGUGGUAUCACUGGAAACCUCGCCUCCUCCCUGUUCCUGCCCUACAGAGCUGAGGUGGGUCCAGCAGGGUCUCAGUUUGGACUCCUCGCCUGCCUGUUUGUCGAGCUGUUUCAAGGUUGGCAGAUGCUGGAGAAGCCGUGGAAGGCCUUCCUCAAGCUGCUGGGCAUCGUGCUCUUCCUCUUCAUGUGCGGCCUCCUGCCGUGGAUCGACAACAUCGCCCACAUCUUCGGUUUCCUCAGCGGCUUGCUGCUCUCCUUCGCCAUCCUGCCCUACGUCACCUUCGGGAGAUUUGACAAGUACCGGAAGCGCAUCCUCAUCGGCGUCUCGAUGUUGGCCUACAUCGGGCUGUUCUCUUCCCUCAUCGUCUGGUUUUAUAUUUACCCGAUUAACUGGCACUGGCUGGAGCAUCUCACCUGCCUGCCCCUCACGAGCAAGUUCUGUGAAAAGUACGACAUAGACCAUGACAUUAACCAAGUGGUGCACUAGUCUCUGGGCUACUGGUCACGUGACUGUGCUACCGAUCCACUAUCUUCUAUCCAAUGACCGGGUCAGCUGUUUCAAGGUCAGCUCGGUGGCCUUUUCAGAAUGUGGCUAUCAGGUUUUAUUCACUCAUCAAAGUCCAUGUGAAUAGAACUGAAUCAGUCUUUUCUCCUCAGUCUGCUGACUUCCUUCAAACUUUACUCAACCUUUUUAAUCCUCAGUCAAGUCUGGCACUACCUAGGACGUUAAUUUGCUAAUGGGAUAGUAAUCGGAGGACAGGAAAAGGUACUCAGGACGUCAAAACUGCAUAGAGCUGGGUGGACCUAAAGGAAAAGAUCUACAGAGUGAGAGACUGUCUGGUUCCUCAAGAAGCCAAAUGAAUCACCUCUGGCCUACAAUCCCUUUUCCUUUUAACUCUACGGAUGACAAACAGCUGAGAUGAAAAGGAAGACUGAUGCCGUGGUGGGUCAUUAUUUCUCUGAGAUGCAUCAGAUGCCUCUAAGUAACACUGGGUUUAACACUACAAACACUGUCAUUCAGUUCUGCUGCUUCUAUAUGUUUUAAUAGUCGUGAAAUGCUUUCAGAAUUAAAAACCUUUUUUUAUCUUCGCUCUUUUGUAUGUAUGCACCGUAGACUGUAUAUAAAGAUGGACGACGACAAAGGCGACGUGAGCCGACGCAACUGGUGGCCUUCGUCGCCGCUAGUUCUUUGAUGUCGGGUUGGUGUGUCCCCAGCUAAACACAGAGGAGGCGGGAUUUAUGACCUAUACUGCAGCCAGCCACCAGGGGGCGAUCCAGAUGUUUUGGUUUCACUUUUAGGGAGCAGUCAUGUCGUCCAUCUUUAUAUACAGUUUAUUGUUUGCACUUGGCAUGUCAAUAUUCUUUGGAGCAGUGAAAUGUUGUGCUAAAGGUAACAAGGUGUUCCGAGUAUUACCCGUGCAGCUGAAAUAGUUAAAGGGAAAUAUAUCAGUGGUCAACUAAGGUAAGAUUUCUAUCUAGAACCACUAGUUGCCUUAAACAGACUAUGCCAUUUUACAGAAAUGCCUCAUUUGACUUUUGCAUACUGCUCAUGAUCAACUUGCUGAAUGCUGAUGAACACAAUUCUGACCCGAAACCUACCAAAGCGACCACACACAUGCUGCUUAUAUAUAUGCAUGUUGUUCUUCCCAAUCCCGUAGUUUUCCGUACGUCACUGCCACAAACACAAGCUCUCAGUGAAGCUCUACCUAUAAUGUCUCAUAUUUUGGUUAUAUUUGUCCGUUCACACAAGUGGGUGCCUGAACCGUUUUGUAGGUUUACUCUGGAAAAAAAGUAAUGAAAAUAAUAUUUAUUCCAGGAGUAAUUAUCUAAACAGGCAUUUUUGUUCCAUCGAAGCAUCAAAUUAGAAUCACAAUGUGUCAUUUAUGUUUCACCUGAGCCUUAAAAUGUUUGUGAAAUACACCGUAAAAGGCUUUGUUUUUAUCAUUUACACAAAAACAAUGCAAGAAAGUCUUGUCCUCUACGUAUACUCUUUUUAUCUGGACGCUAGCAGCUGAUCUCUCGGGUUGUGGUCAACGACCCACUGUUGCUGUUCUGGUGGCUUUAUGAAAAAGUGUAUUUCAGAAGUGGUAACACCUGAAGUGACAAAUCUCUCCCUCGGGUUCCCGGCUCUUGUCUUAGAUCUUGUUUGUUUGUUGUCGGUGAUCCUGGAUUCUGUUGAUCCAGGCUGUUAGGAAAGCCACCGUAAUGACUGUUGUUUGGAGGAUUAAGUGAGUUACUAAGUGAGUUAUGAGAUUACGUGAGUUCGUCUGUUGGCCUGACUCACUGAUUCUCUGCUGUUGUUGAGAACAUGAGUUGGUAAAUACAGAAUAGGCUGUGUGUUGAACAAUUGAAAUGUUUUAAUGUUUAGAUUGUUAAGGCCAACUGUUAAAAACAUAGGACUCUGCUCUAUACUAAGUAUGAACAAUGACAUCCACCUGUUUUUAGGAAACCUCUUUACUGUGCCUUUUUGACAUGUGAGUGUUUGAUCUGAACUCCAACAUCUUCAAUCAUAACACAGUUACACUGCUGUGUUUGCAACGGGACCAAAUCAUUUCACCCUUUUUCUAUUUAUUGGAAUAAAAAGGGAAACUUUCAAAUGGAUUUCAGGUCAAGGUACUGUUCUGUUUUGCUUUUAUAUGUCAAAAUCUAUGUGUGUUAAUGCAAAAUAAAUGCCACUCUAGUAAUAAUAAUGAGGUUAUGUGUGUCGGAGAGAAGAUACAUUUCCUGUUGGUACCAUGUUGAGUUACCCACUGAGUUUGCAUCCGGCAUCAAUUUCUCUACUUUAUCUGUAUUUUUGGCGCCACACCAGGGAGAGUUUGACCCUGAAAGAUAAUUUGAAUUUGUACAUUAAAGUGAGAAAAAAAUGGAAA